AUGCAAAUUCUUUCUUUAAAUUUUUUAAUAUAUACCGUUGGUGGUAUAUGGCGACCCGUUGAGUGGUCAUCAAAUGGUGCUAAGCUGCUGUAUAGUAUAUUUACCUUUAUUAUAGUAUCUUCGGAAUACUUUUUGAUGAUAACUCAAUUUAUGGAUAUAGUACUUGGUGUCGACAAUAUCGAUGAUUUUGCCACUAAUACACUAUUGUUCCUGACUUUUGUUAACGUUUGUUGUAAAGCGACUUUCGUUUUGAUGCGUCGGAAUACGAUUAUCAAUUUGAUGCGAAUAUUGAUGAAAACACCGUGUAAACCUCGUGACGAAGACGAAUCAGCGAUACAAACAAAGUUUGAUAGGUUUAUCAGGUCAUAUUCUAUAAAAUACGCACUAAUGGCGACUAGCUCCGUUACAGGCACUACAAUAGGAUCAGUAUUAAAUGUUAUGCAAGGUCGUACACCUUAUCGAAUAUGGCUGCCAUGGAAUUAUAAUAUACCUCUUGUUUUCUGGACUAUAUCCAUUCACCAAAUUGUAUCUUCAUUUUUUGCCACAAUGAUAAGUAUCGGCACGGAUACCUUAAUCUUCGGAUUGCUUUUGCAAACGUGUGCCCAGCUUGAAAUUUUUGAAAGUCGUCUUCACAAAUUAAUAAUUAAUAAAACAGUUAGAUGUCUGGAACACGCACUCUCUUCGUCGAAUAAAGACAAAACGGAGAUAGCGGAGUGUAUACGUCAACAUCUCAACAUUUACAAAUACGCCAAAACGGUAAACGGUAUAUUUAACCAAGUGCUCUUCGUUCAAUUCUUUGGAAGUAUAUUAAUAUUAUGUACAAGUGUAUAUUAUAUGUCAAUACAUAUUAUAGAACUGUCUAAAUCUGUAACUAUUUUAAUGUACACCGUUGGAAUGUUUGUACAAAUCUACGUUUAUUGUUGGUCUGGGAACGAAGUCAUUCUUAAGAGUACGAGCGUAGGAGAUGCUAUAUACUGUAUGGACUGGCCGCUAUUAUCAGCUGAAGAAAAGAGAGAAUUACUGAUAAUUAUGAUACGAAGCACAAUUCCUAUAAAGUUCACUAGUAGCUUCUUGAUCACUCUGUCCCUUCAGUCUUACAGCAAUAUUUUAAGAACGUCAUACUCAGCAUUUAACAUACUUCAAAAUUGUGAAAAAGGAGAUCCAAAUAUGCAAAUACUUUCUUUCAAUUUUUUAAUGUAUACCCUUGGUGGUAUAUGGCGACCUGUUGAGUGGUCAUCUAAUAGUGCCAAGCUACUGUAUAGUAUAUUUACCUACGUUAUAAUGUCAUUCGAAUACAUUUUAUUGUUAACUCAAUUUAUGGAUAUUAUUUUCGUUGUCAAUAAUAUCAAUGAUUUUGCCACUAGUUCUGUAAUAUUCUUGACUGUUGUUGCCGUUUGUUGUAAAGCGACUGUCGUUGUAGCACGUCGGAAUGCGAUUAUUAGCUUGGUGCAAUUAUUGUUGGAAGCACCAUGUAAACCUCGAGAUGAGAACGAAGUGGCAAUACAAACUAAAUUUGAUAAACUUAUCAGGUCAUGGUCAAUAAAAUACUCUCUUCUGUGUAUGAUCUCCCUUACAGGAGUCUCAAUAGGAUCAGUAUUAAACAUUAUACAGGGUCAACUGCCUUGUCGAAUAUGGCUGCCAUGGGAUUACAAUGUACCUCUAAUAUUUUGGAUUAUAUGCAUUCAGCAACUCAUGAGUCAUAUUUUCGGCACUAUCAUAGGUCUCGGCACAGACACCUUAAUCUUCGGAUUGUUUAUACAAACGUGCGCCCAGAUUGAAAUUUUUGAAAGUCGUCUUCAUAAAUUAAUAAUUAACAACACAGUUAGAUAUCUGGGACAUGCACUCUCUCCGUUAAAUGAAGAUAAAACGAACAUAUCGGAAAUAAUACGUCAUCAUCUCAGCAUUUACAAAUAUGCCAAGACGGUAAACGUUACCUUCAAUCAAAUACUCUUUAUUCAGUUUUUUGUUAGUAUUUUGGUAAUAUGUACAAGUGUGUAUUAUCUAUCAAUGCAUAUUACGGAACUGUUUGAAAUUGGAUUGUUUGUAGCAUAUACCAUUUGCAUGUGUGUACAAAUCUAUAUUUAUUGCUGGUCUGGAAACGAAGUCAUGCUUAAGAGUAUGGGCAUAGGAGACGCUGUAUAUCAUAUGGAUUGGCCAUUAUUGUCAGUAAACGAAAAGAAAGAAUUGUUGAUGAUCAUAAUGCGCAGCAGUAUUCCUAUAAAGUUCACUAGUAGCUUCUUGAUAACUUUAUCUCUUCAAUCGUACAGCAAUGUUAUACUUGUUGUCGAAAAUAUCGAUGAUUUUACCGCUAAUACACUAUUGUUCUUGUCUUUUGUUAACGUUUGUUGUAAAGCGACUUUCGUUGUGAUACGUCGAAAUGCGAUCAUCAACGUAGUGGGAUCAUUGUUGAAAGCACCACAUAAACCUCGAAACGAGGAUGAAGUAGCUAUCCAAACGAAAUUUGAUAAAUUUAUUAGGUCAUGGUCAAUAAAAUACUCUCUUCUGUGUAUAAUCGGUCUUGCAGGAGUCUCAGUAGGAUCAGUAUUAACCAUUAUGCAGGAUCGACUGCCUUGUCGAAUAUGGCUGCCAUGGGAUUACAAUGUACCUCUAGUAUUUUGGAUUAUAUGCAUUCAGCAAUUUAUGUGUCCUAUUUUCACCACUAUUAUAGGUCUCGGCACAGACACCUUAAUCUUCGGAUUGUUCAUACAAACGUGCGCCCAGAUUGAAAUUUUUGAAAGUCGUCUUCAUAAUAAAUUAAUAAUUAACAACACAGUUAGAUAUCUGGGACAUGCACUCUCUCCGUUAAAUGAAGAUGAAACAAACAUAUCGGAAAUAAUACGUCAUCAUCUCAGCAUUUACAAAUAUGCCAAGACGGUAAACGAUAUCUUCAGAGAGGUAUUCUUUAUUCAGUUUCUUGUUAGUACGUGUGUAAUAUGUAUAAGUGUGUAUUAUCUAUCAACGCAUAUUAUGGAAUUGUCUGAAAUUGGGGAAUUCUUAGGAUAUGUCAUUGGCAUGUGUGUACAAAUCUAUAUUUAUUGCUGGUCUGGAAACGAAAUCAUGUUUAAGAGUAUGAGCAUAGGAGAUGCUGUAUAUCAUAUGGAUUGGCCAUUAUUGUCAGCUAAAGAAAAGAAAGAAUUGCUGAUGAUCAUGAUGCGCAGCAGUAUUCCUAUAAAGUUCACUAGUAGCUUCUUGAUAACUUUAUCUCUUCAAUCGUUCAAGAAU